GGACCAUAAAAAUGGUUGCUCAUCAAAAACCAGGAAGCUUCAGAAGCUCAACAAUGGCGGCCAAGAACCAUUUGAGCCUCCUUCUUCUCCUCCUUCUGCAGCUCUUUUAUUCAGGAAGGGGCGAACUGCAAAUGAAUUAUUAUGCUAAAAGUUGCCCAAAAGCUGAAGAAAUUAUAAAACAGCAAGUUGCCGAUCUCUACUAUGAACAUGGAAACACUGCCGUUUCGUGGCUCAGAAAUCUCUUCCAUGAUUGCAUUGUUAAGUCUUGCGAUGCAUCUCUUCUAUUGGAAACGGUUACGGGAGUGGAAUCAGAGAAGGAUUCAGAUAGAAGUUUUGGGAUGAGAAAUUUCAAAUACGUAAAUAAGAUCAAAGCUGCUGUUGAACGAGAAUGUCCUCUCACUGUAUCUUGUGCUGACAUUGUUGUGCUAUCUGCUCAAUAUGGCAUAGUCAUGUUAAAAGGGCCUGAAAUUGGGUUGAAAACGGGGAGAAGAGAUAGCAAAGUGAGUUAUUCCCAUCUCGUUGAAGCGUUUGUUCCCAGGCACAAUGAAUCUCUUGUAAAUGUUCUCUCCCUCUUUAGCUCCAUCGGCAUUGAUACCGAAGCAGCGGUCGCGCUUUUAGGAGCUCACUCGGUCGGGCGAGUUCACUGUGUGAACUUAGUGGAGAGGCUGUAUCCAAGUGUGGAUCCAACCAUCGAUCCAGAGUAUGCGAAAUACUUGAAAGGUCGAUGCCCAACACCAAAUCCAAAUCCAAAAGCUGUAUUGUAUUCGAGAAAUGAUCGGGAGACGCCAAUGAUUCUGGAUAAUAUGUACUACAGUAAUAUACUGAAUCACAAGGGGUUGCUCAUAGUGGACCAAGAAUUGACUUCUAAUCCUCUUACGCUUCCGUACGUCACGAAAUUUGCUGCUGAUAAUCAAUAUUUUCAUGCUCAAUUCUCGAGAGGAAUUCGUUUGUUGUCCGAGAAUAAUCCCUUGACCGGAGAUGAAGGAGAGAUUAGGAAAGAUUGUCGCUUUGUUAAUUAAUCUCAAUUUAACAUAAUUGAGGUAUGAUGUAAACUUUUCCCGUUCCAACAAAAGGAAAGGUUUAAAAACUAUCUUGCUAAAGGAAUGAAAUUGUUAUGAAAUAAGGG